CCCGGCGCUCCUCAAGAUGGCGGCCGACAGUGAGCCCGAGUCCGAAGUAUUUGAGAUCACGGACUUCACCACUGCCUCGGAAUGGGAAAGGUUUAUUUCCAAAGUUGAAGAAGUUUUGAAUGACUGGAAACUGAUUGGAAACUCUGUGGGAAAGCCACUCGAUAAGGGAAUAUUUACUUCAGGCACAUGGGAAGAGAGAUCAGAUGAAAUUUCAUUUGCUGACUUCAAGUUCUCAAUCACUCAUCAUUAUCUUGUACAAGAGUCUGCUGACAAAGAUGGAAAGGAUGAAUUACUAGAAGAUGCAAUCCCACAAUCUAUGCAGGAUUUGCUUUGUAUGAACAAUGAUUUUCCUCCAAGAGCUCAUUGCCUGGUAAGAUGGUACGGGCUGCGUGAAUUUGUGGUGAUUGCCCCUGCAGCACACAGUGAUGCCGUUCUCAGUGAGUCAAAGUGCAACCUUCUUCUCAGUUCUGUUUCCAUUGCUUUGGGAAACACUGGCUGUCAGGUGCCACUCUUUGUGCAGAUUCAUCACAAAUGGCGAAGAAUGUAUGUAGGAGAAUGCCAGGGUCCUGGUGUCCGUACUGAUUUUGAAAUGGUUCAUCUUCGGAAAGUGCCAUCUCAGUAUACUCAUUUAUCAGGUCUACUGGAUAUCUUCAAAUCAAAGAUUGGAUGUCCUUUAACUCCUUUGCCUCCAGUAAACAUUGCCAUUCGACUUACGUAUGUACUUCAGGAUUGGCAACAAUACUUUUGGCCUCAGCAACCUCCAGAUAUAGAUGCCCUUGUAGGAGGCGAAGUUGGAGGCUUGGAGUUUGGCAAGUUGCCAUUUGGUGCCUGUGAAGAUCCUAUUAGUGAACUUCAUUUAGCAACUACAUGGCCUCAUCUAACUGAAGGAAUCAUUGUGGAUAACGAUGUUUAUUCUGAUCUGGAUCCUAUGCAGGCUCCUCAUUGGUCUGUUAGAGUUCGGAAAGCUGAUAACCCUCAGUGUUUGCUAGGUGAUUUUGUCACAGAGUUUUUUAAAAUUUGCCGUCGAAAGGAAUCAACUGAUGAGAUUCUUGGACGAUCCACAUUUGAGGAAGAAGGAAGAGAAAUUGCUGAUAUUUCUCAUGCUUUGUCAAAGUUGACAGAGCCGGCACCUGUUCCAAUCCAUAAAUUAUCAGUUUCAAAUAUGGUACACACUGCAAAGAAGAAAAUACGCAAACACAGAGGUGUGGAGGAGUCACCACUGAAUAACGAUGUGCUCAAUACCAUUCUCUUGUUCCUGUUCCCUGAUGCUGCUUCGGAUAAGCCAACGAAUGGAAGUUCUUCAGCAGACACUAGUAAUCCUCUGUCAGACGGUGAAGAUUAUAAUCUCUACAAUCAAUUCAAAUCAGCACCAUCUGACAGUUUAACAUAUAAGUUGGCGUUGUGCCUUUGUAUGAUCAAUUUCUACCAUGGAGGGUUAAAAGGAGUGGCACACCUCUGGCAGGAAUUUGUUCUCGAAAUGCGAUUCAGAUGGGAAAACAAUUUUCUGAUUCCAGGAUUAGCAAGUGGACCCCCAGAUCUAAGAUGUUGUUUGCUGCAUCAGAAACUGCAGAUGUUAAAUUGUUGUAUUGAAAGAAAGAAGGCACGUGAUGAGGGGAAGAAGACAAGCACUCCAGAUAACAUCACUAGCACAUGUUCAGAGGAUGCUGGAAAAACUGGAGACCAUUUGGGGCUGGAUAAUCUGAAAGACACAGAUAAGGGAGAAAUGGGAAAAUCUUGGGAUUCCUGGAGUGACAGCGAGGAAGAAUUUUUUGAAUGUCUAAGUGAUACAGAAGAACUUAAGGGAAAUGGUCAAGACAGUGGCAAGAAAGGAGGAACUAAGGAGGUGGCAACUCUAAAGCCAGAAGGACGUCUCCGUCAGCAUGGGAAACUUACGCUGCUGCAUAACGGAGAGCCCCUCUACAUUCCAAUAACCCAGGAACCAGCACCUAUGACAGAAGAUCUGCUAGAAGAACAGUCUGAGGUCUUAGCUAAAUUAGGUACAUCAGCAGAAGGGGCUCACCUCCGAGCACGCAUGCAGAGCGCCUGUCUGCUCUCGGAUAUGGAGUCUUUUAAGGCAGCCAAUCCAGGUUGUUUCCUUGAAGAUUUUGUGAGGUGGUAUUCACCCCGGGAUUAUAUUGAAGAGGAGGUGAUUGACGAAAAAGGCAGUGUGGUUCUGAAAGGAGAACUGAGUGCACGGAUGAAAAUCCCAAGCAACAUGUGGGUAGAAGCAUGGGAAACGGCCAAGCCAGUCCCUGCAAGGAGACAGAGGAGACUGUUUGACGAUACCCGGGAAGCUGAAAAGGUGCUGCAUUACCUGGCAAUCCAGAAACCUGCUGACCUGGCCCGGCACCUGUUACCCUGUGUGAUUCAUGCAGCUGUACUCAAGGUAAAGGAAGAAGAAAGUUUGGAAAACAUUUCUUCAGUGAAGAAGAUUAUAAAGCAGAUAAUAUCCCAUUCCAGUAAAGUUUUGCACUUCCCUAAUCCAGAAGACAAGAAAUUAGAAGAAAUCAUUCAUCAGAUUACUAAUGUGGAAGCUAUAAUCGCUAGAGCCCGGUCAUUGAAAGCCAAGUUUGGAACUGAGAAAUGUGAACAGGAGGAAGAAAAGGAAGAUCUUGAAAGGUUCGUGAGCUGCCUGCUGGAGCAGCCGGAAGUGUUAGUCUCCGGAGCCGGAAGAGGACAUGCUGGCAGGAUCAUUCACAGGCUGUUUGUGAAUGCACAGAGGGUACGUGAGCCGGUCAUACAGCUGCCAAGUGCUUCAACCAUGGCGCCCCCAGAAGAAGAAUUCAAAAGGAUGGGCACCCCAGAAGAAAGGCGGCUGAACGCUGUGUCCGACUUCCCCCCACCUGCUGGUCGGGAGCUGAUUCUGCGUGUCACCGUGCCCCGGCCUGCCCCAUACUCCAAAGCUCUACCACAGAGGAUGUAUAGCGUUCUCACCAAGGAGGACUUUAGACUUGCAGGUGCCUUUUCAUCUGAUACCUCCUUCUUCUAGUCCUUCCCAUGGGAUGCCAUUGCUUCCUCUGCAGGAAAGAUAACCUGUGAAUCCUGGGGUGGGGUGCUAUCCUGUGGGUGGUCAGGAGUCACCGUGGCAAGCUUGGGCCGGGGCUACUAGUUUUCUGUCCCACAGAGCUGGUCAUUGCACAUGGGGGAGUCCCCGUCCCCCAGGCCCAUCAGAGGCACUCCACCUGCACUUGGGGGAUCACAUUCGCAUCAUUCUCCCCCACCUUCCUCUCAGCUGUUGCCUGCAUUCAGAGUCCACCUAAACACUUCAGUGGUUUUAUGUGUUAGUAUCAGGUAUGCAAAGUACAGUCUCUGGCAACUGAAAUCUCUGGAUAUUUUCAUAGUAAAUUCUAGUUUCAGAAUCUGUUUUGAAAAUAGUACAGGACAUUUGGUUUAUGCAGUUACCUGGUGGACAUCUUUAUUAUGAACAUCUUAAAUAUUCUAGAAGAAACUCUAGAUUUCGUUUUUGCAUCAGCUAUAAUCUAAGUGUAUCCUUACAGAUUUCACCACUAGUUAGUUUAUAUGUAUCCUGUAAGAACUUUUUCCCCUUGUGGUGGCCCUUCCUCAACUUACUGUGCACUUUCUCUUCAUGCUGCUGGCCAUAUAUUAAGUGAAGCAGACCUGAACACAUGCGAAACAUCCAGCCUGGGUCCAUAGAGCCUGUCAUGCAGUUAGCAUCAUGUCCUUCAUGAGCUAAUGUCAUGAGUAGGAGAUUGCUUUAAUGCCGUGUUUGCAUUGUAGUUAAGAUUAUCUGUG